UCAAAGCGAAUGCAUCGUUCAGACUGAGGAGACGCGGGCUUUGUAUAUCGGGCGAUAUUUUUGGGUAUCUGGUAUCGGUAUCCGGGGUUAUCUCGCAUUGUCGGAAAACAAUUCUAAAAAGCCAUAUAAAUAGUAUUUAAACGACGCUUAAAUAAAUAAAUAAAUAAUCAAAUUGGUAAAUAGAUAAAAGAGGCAAAUAAUGUCCGGUCCACUGCCCGAAAUAAGCGCUGAACAGCGCCAGACACUGGAACAGUUCCGUAAGCAAAUGAGCGAUGUUCUGGUUGAUACCCAUGAUGAUUACUUUCUUUUACGUUGGCUACGCGCUCGCAAAUGGAAUCUCGAGGCAGCUGAGAAAAUGUUAAGAGCGAGUCUGAAAACGAGAGCAAUGUGGAAUGUGGAUAAUAUUGAGAAAUGGGAUGUACCGAAAGCAUUAAAGGAAUAUCUGCCAUAUGGUCUAAUUGGCUAUGACAAUGAGGGAUCGCCAGUGCUCGUUUGUCCUUUCUAUAACUUCGAUAUCUGGGGCAUGAUGCAUUGCGUGACACGUUUUGAAUUCCAAAAGUAUUUGGUUUUGCUGAUUGAAAGAUUUAUGAAAUCAGCAUAUGAGCAAAGUCUUAAACAUGGCUGGAAGGCACGUCAAUUGGUGGUAUUCUUCGAUAUGCAGGAUGUGAAUCUAAAGCAAUAUGCCUGGCGUCCAGCCGCCGAAUGUGUUAUAUCCUCAGUGAAGCAAUACGAGGCCAAUUUUCCAGAAUUGCUCAAAAUGUGCUACAUCAUCAAUGCACCCAAAUUGUUCUCAGUGGCAUUUAAUAUAGUGAAAAAGUUCCUCGACGAGAACACCACCAGCAAGAUAGUGAUCUAUAAAACGGGUGUGGAUAAAUGGCAGCAACAGCUUUUCUCUCAUGUGGAUCCCAAAGAUUUUCCCAAGGCCUGGGGUGGCCAAUUGGUCGAUAAGCAUGGUGAUCCUCAAUGCAAAUCCCUUAUGGUUUGGGGUGGCAAAUUGCCAGAGGAUUUGUUUAUAGAUCAAAGCACUCAGCAGAGUGACAAAGAUUUCACCGAAACGCAAGUGGCCAAGGGUGACAAACUGAAGUUGCAUUUCAAGGUCAAUGGCGAUAAGCUAGAGGAACCGGCUCAAUCUCAAUUACUUUCCUGGGAGUUCCGUACCAUAGACUAUGACAUUAAGUUUGGCAUUUACAGUGUCGAUGAGAAGACGGGCGAGAAACGUAGCGAAAUUCCAUUGGGCACCGUGUAUUCGAAUGAAAUGGAUGAGGUGGGAUUCAUUACCACUCGACCCAAUACCACAUACACUGUGGUCUUUGAUAACUCGGCCAGCUAUUUACGCAGCAAAAAACUUCACUAUUGGGUGGAUCUGACUACUGAGGAGGAGGAGGGCAUUACUGAGCUGACCCACCAAAUGGACAGCACACAAAUUGUGGCCAAGCAGCAGUGAAGCGGCGAUUUGAAACCAAACUUAACUGGGAAUGCUUCGGCUAGUCGAAGAUUUUUAUAGCCUUGCCCGGAAAAUCUUAAAUGAUGAUUGGAUGAAAAGCAAACUUUUUUCCCUCUGCCCAUAUUAUAAGAAACAAUAACUUGACAUUUUUAAUUUUAUAUAUUUAAACACUUAAAUCAGAUCAAUACUGUACUUGGAAUGUAAGAUUCCAGAGAACAUCUUUUAAAAAUUCUAUCUUCCUGUAUAUGCAAGGCUAUAAAAGAAUCAAGUGUAUUAACCUCGGUGCAAAGCAUUAGUCACAGAUUCGUCAGUUUAUUGUUGUCUACUGAAUUUCAAUUCAAACAUUUUUAAACUUCUCACACUCGAGUUGUUUUAUGGUGUUGGAAUUGUGGCAAUGUAUAGCAUUUACUGGCGAAGCUACAAUGAUAAUUCAUGUGAUAAAACAAUAAAAAAAAAACAAAAACAAACAUAAAAACCAGCUCACGUUUACAGUUGCAUAUUGUACAGUUAGUUAGAGUCUUUAUUACGUACCUAAGCGCAGCAUUUUAUAUUUACCCACACACAUAUACACAUAUACAUGUAUGUAAUAUAUUUUUUUGUUUGUUGUAUAACAAUUUUUGAUAAUCUUGUACGGUGUAAUUGUU